GGCCAGGACCCGGCCAUGGCGGCCGAAGCGCGCGGGCGUCCGGGCAGCCCCCCGGGCGGGGUGGCGGCGGCGGCGGCGCCGGGCGGCCCGCUGCCCAUGAACCUGUUCGCGGCCUGGGAGGUGGACGGCUCCGGCCCCAGCUGCGUCCCCAGGUUGUGCAGCUUGACUUUGAAGAAACUGAUUGUAUUGAAAGAAUUGGAUAAAGAUCUCAUUUCUGUGGUAAUUGCAGUCAAAAUGCAGGGUUCAAAACGAAUAUUGCGGUCUCAUGAAAUUAUGCUGCAUUCUAGUGGGCACGUAGAAACAGAACUUGCGCUGAGCUUUUCCCUGCAGUAUCCUCAUUUCUUGAAAAGAGAAGGCAACAAACUUCAGAUCAUGCUUCAGAGGAGGAAACGGUAUAAAAACAGAACAAUUCUGGGUUACAAAACUUUGGCAAUGGGAUCUGUGAACAUGGUGGAGGUGUUGCAGCACCCAAAAGAAGGAGGCCAAGUUUUGAACCUUUUCAGCAGCAUCAAGGAAACUGCAGUCAAAGUAGCAGAGAUAUGGAUCUUCUCACUGUCCAGCCAACCAAUAGACCAAGAAGACAGUGCUAUACACAUGAGCCAGAAAAUCAAGUCUGCAGACAACUAUUCCGAAGAGGAAUAUGAAAGCUUCUCUUCAGAACAAGAAGCCAGUGAUGACGCAGUUCAGGGACAGGAUUUGGACGAUGAUGAGUAUGAGUUGGGGAAGCCAAAGAAGCAGUGGAGAUCGAUAGUAAGAACAGCAUCCAUAACCAGGCAGCAAAACUUCAAGCAAAAAGUAGUGGCCCUGUUGAGACGAUUUAAAGUAUCUGACGAGGUUUUGGAUUCUGAGCAGGAUCCCGCUGACCAUGUCCCAGAAGUAGAAGAAGACCUAGACCUUCUCUAUGAUACACUUGAUAUAGAAAACCCUAGUGACAGCGGCCCUGACAUGGAAGAUGAUGACAGCGUCCUCAGUACUCCUAAGCCAAAGCUAAAGCCUUACUUUGAAGGAAUGUCACAUUCAAGCUCUCAAGCAGAAAUUGGAAGCCUCCACAGCGUCAGAAACCAGAGAGAGCCACCCAGUCCUGUUGAAGUGCCUGAAGAGGACAAGAAUAUUGGAAGCAGACAACCAGCAGACAGCGUCUCUGACACCGUGUCUUAUGAAAAUAAACAACAAGAAGACGUAGAAACUGAACUGUCUCCCCUGGAUAGCUUCUUGGAAAAGGCUCCAAAAAGCGGCAGGAUGACAAAGACAGAAUCUCUCAUAAUUCCUUCCAGCAGAUCGGAAGCGAAGCACAUGGGACGCAGAGGCAGAAGCACAUCUCUGAAGGAAAGGCAGCCGGCGAAGCAGCAGAAUGAGAGAGCCAACAGCCUGGACAACGAACGCUCUCCAGGCACCAGGCAUCGCUUGCAGAUCCCUAGGAAAACUGUGUACGACCAGUUGAAUCACAUCUUGAUCUCAGAUGAUCAGCUGCCAGAAAAUAUCAUUCUGAUUAAUACCUCCGACUGGCAAGGACAGUUUCUUUCAGAUAUCUUGCAAAAGCAUGGCCUUCCAAUCGUCUGCACGUGCUCCUCUGCAGAUAUCCAGGCAGCUUUCAGCACCAUUGUCUCUAGAAUACAGAGAUACUGCAACUGCAAUUCUCAGCCUCCCAAUCCAAUUAAAAUUGCAAUUGCGGGAGCCCAGAAUUACCUCAGUGCUGUGCUGAGGCUCUUUGUAGAACAACUGUCUCACAAAACCCCAGACUGGCUCAGCUACAUGAGAUUUCUUAUCAUACCAGUAGGUUGUCACCCGGUGGCAAAGUAUCUGGGUUCCGUUGAUUGUCAGUAUAACUACUUCUUCCAAGAUUUGUCCUGGAAAGAUUUAUUUAACAGACUCGAAGCACAAAAUGCUGUCCAGGAAUCCCCUGAUAUUGUCUCCAGAAUAACUCAGUACCUGGUGGGAGCAAACUGUGCCCACCAGUUGCCCAUUGCAGAAGCCAUGUUGACAUACAAGCAGAAAAGGAAAAAGAACUUUCAUUUUGAAUUUAAUAUAAGCCCAGGUGAAGAAUCUGCUCAGAAGUUCAUCCCUUUUGUUGGAGUGGUAAAAGUUGGAAUAGUUGAACAGUCUUCUGCAACUUCAGGUGACUCGGAUGAUGCUGCUCCCUGCAGUUCAAGUGUCCUUUCCUCAACCCCACCUUCUGUGUCUCCUGCUCUGAAGGAAUCUUCUCCCACCCCACCCUCCUCCCCAUCGGUCACAGGCACCUUGGCUUCCUCCAGCUGUAGCCUUGGUAUGGAACUGAUGGGCCUUCAGGUGGAUUACUGGAUUGCAACUCAUCCUACGGAGAAGAAGAGAGACUCAGAAAAAAAGGACCCCUCUGCUGCCAAAAACACUCUGAAAUGCACUUUUCGGUCUCUCCAGGUCAGCCGGCUGCCUACGAGUGGGGAUGCCAUUUCCACUCCAACAAUGUCAAUGACGGUUGUCACAAAGGAAAAGAACAAAAAAGUGAUGUUUCUGCCUAAGAAAGUGAAAGACAAAGACUUUGAUUCUAAGAGUCAGUGCAUAGAGGGGAUCAGCCGGCUGAUUUGCACAGCGAAGCAUCAGCAGACUAUGUUGCAGGUGCUUAUUGAUGGAGUGGAGUGGAACGACGUGAAGUUCUUCCAGCUAGCAGCACAGUGGUCUUCCCAUGUCAAGCAUUUCCCCAUCUGCAUAUUUGGGCAUUCCAAAUCCUAACAGAGCAGGAAUUAUGGGACAGUUCUGCAAGCCACAACACAUGAGUACCAGCUGUUUGUGCUCUCUUACUUACGUGCUUGGAUAACAGCUCAGAUACGCUUCUGUUUGUUCUUCUGUUGUCUGCAAGGGAAGGAUAGUACUUAAAACCUCAGCAAUUCAAUAUUAAGUCUAGCCAGCCAUCUAAGAUACUUGCAAGAGCCCUUAAUAUUUUUUUAAAAACCCAAGAGUAACUUGCUUAUUAACGUAGAACCCAAUUAGAUGGAGAGUGGGAGCAUGCUUGUGAAAUUUUCCAAAUUCAGCUGGAGAGUAACUUCCAGGGUGCCCUUCCUUAGCACUCAUCCAGCCUCCCCCACCCAAAUUACUCCCUGCUUUCAAGACAACUUCUCCAUCUAGGACAUCUGAUCUACGCCUUUUUAUUGCCACUGCUUGUCACCAUGAUCAUUAUGAGUACCAGGAUUAAAAUCCCUGAUAGACCUAGGCAAUGCCAUUUUUCCCAAGGGAAAAGAGAGAGAAGGUGUGAGGGUGUGUGUGUCAGAUUUUCCUCACUUCCUCUUACCAGCAACACCCCCCUCCCCCAGUAGCAUCAGAAGGUCCACUUUCAUUGAAAGCAGGAGAAAUUUCAGAGGAAUGCUGGACUGAAUGGGUGGAAAGGAAGAAUUGGCGCAGCUUGGAAGCUAAAUAAUGAGUAUCAGAUUGGCUGAUAAAAUCAUCCAAGUUGCUUUUUAUUUCUGGGGAAAUCACUUGUAUCGCUUCUGAACCAAUCCAAUAUGAGGGUGCCCAUUUUGACAACUUCUUUGUGUUGAAAUAAAUGCUAACCCCUAAAUUUUACAUAGAAGCAAAAUUGUUGAAAUCAUUCUCUCCUUGUCCCAGAAUGGACAGCCUGCCACAAUUGAUUGCAAAUUGCUGCUCAUGCAAGUGACAGACCUUCUGACUGUGAUUAUGUAAUCUGAUCCCCCCC